UUGAUAAACAUUUCUUUGAAAUUUUAAUGUCUUAUAAUUUCUACAUACAACAUAAACUACACAAUAAAAACAUGAUACAAUUGCCAGCUUUGUUUCUUCUCUUUCAGUGAUAGAUUUCAUAGUAUUUAGUGAUGCUAUUCGUAUAUAUGAGUGUUGUAUGUGAUCAAUGAUGUAUUAAAUGAAUACCUAACAAAAAUUGCUGAGCUGAAUGGUAACAACAUUUAAUUUCCAUCAUGGGUUGAAGAUAUCUAGGUUGUAUUGAAAUCGGAAACAAAGAGCUGCAGGAUAUACGUCGAUAUGGAAAUGCCGGAACUAACAGUGACUUCAGAGAUUUAUGGAGAAUAUAAAUAUAAUACUAAGAUUACACCACUGAUUGAAGGAAAUGUUAUUUCGGAAUUUCCAUUUUUGCUGCCCAAAAAUGACCACAAACCUCAAUUUGAUGAUGACAAAGACUUGGACAUUGAAAGACCUAAAAAAGAAUUGAUUAAAAUUGAACACAGCUCUAAAACUAAGCUAGCCCUAGUUGGUUUACAAGUAUGGAGGGGGGCAUUUCUUAUAGGAGACUUGCUCAUCCAUCUAGGAGUGAAAGGAGCCCUUAAAGAUAAGACUAUCUUGGAACUGGGAGCUGGGACUGGCCUGACCAGCUUUAUUGCUGGAAUAUACGCCAAGAAAGUUAUAUGCACUGAUAUAAACCUAGGUGGUAUAUUAGAUCUUAUUAAACUGAACACCAAGUACAAUGAAAAGCUGAUAAAAGCGGAGUUCAGAGUGGACGCUUUAGACUUCACCGACACGGCUUGGAGCCAGCAACUCUCUAAGGACAUCAGAGAUACGGACAUUAUUAUAGCGGCCGAUGUUGUAUACGACGAUGAUGUGACUGCCGCGUUCGUUGCGACAGUACAAAAGAUCCUCGACACUAACCCACCUAAAACCCUAUACAUGGCGCUAGAAAAACGCUACGUCUUCACGAUAGAACACAUGGACUCCGUCGCUCCGUGUUACGAGACAUUCCUCAAUCUAUUGGAUAAAGUAAAGAAUGGAUCCAAUUGGACUGUAGAGCAGAUGCCUUUAGAUUUACCUAAAUAUUUCACUUACGAUAGGGUGAAAGAGCUGGUUCUAUGGAAAAUAUCUUCUGCCUAGUUAAUAAUGUGAUCUGUGAUAAUCAUAAUAAAUAUUUUUUCAUAUGAUUUUUUUUUUGCGCUCUGGCAAGUCUGGCAACGUCAUUCUAGUGACAACUUUAAGGGUCCUAUGCGUUGAAAGGGUUAAUCUCGAAAUGAAAAAUUAAACGAUUUUGUAAAUCUC